GCCAUCAUAGACUCUGGUAGGUUGCUGAGUGAGAGAGGGAGGAACGGGCGCUGCGCCGGGACGGUAUUAUUUUUAAUAUAUAUAUUUUUAUAAGUUGUAUGAACUGAAGGCGAGGGCGCUGCGUAUUAAACAACCGUGUUUCCGCACCCAGGUAAAAGAUGCCGACUGUCAGGUUUCAGGCUGGAGAUACUGUGAUGGGCCGCUGGCCUGGCAGUAACCUUUAUUACGAGGUUAAGGUUCUGAGUUUUGAUGCCAAGACUCUUCUUUACACCGUCAUCUACAAAGAUGGCACAGAGCUGGAGCUGAGGGAUGCAGACAUUAAGAGUCUAGCUGGAUUUAAGCAAGGUCUUGCCCGCUCUCGUUCCCGCUCCCGUUCUCGCUCACCGGCCCGCACUCGCAGAAGUCGCUCUCGUUCACCAGCGAGGACUUCCCGCCGCUCUUCAUCCCGCACCACAGAGGUGCGCAAGGAGAAACUUAAAGAGGUGCUAGAAGUUCGCCUUACUCCUGUGGCCAUACCACUUGAAAACAAUAGCAGCAAUAAGCAUGAAACAAAAGAGGAAAAUGAUGCAGCUAACAAAGUCAAUGAGAAAACUGAGGAGGAAUCAGAGAAUCAAGUAGGUGGCCGCUACAACCUUCGCCGCAGGAAGGACCAGAGUGAUGGUCGACCUGUAGAGCUGGUAAAGAAGGUGGAGGAAAUCUUGCCACAUGCCAUACCACAGGAAACCCGGAAGACUACAGAACUGGAGUUUGGAGGGAGGAUUGGUGUGGUGUUCUGGCUGCUGUUUCUACCUGUGGUGGUUCUGGCCAUGCUUAUUCUCUGUGCCCAGACAGAUGCUAGUCUCCUUAACUUUUCCCUCUCGCCUCCCCUGCUUGAGCCUCUUUGGGACUGGCAGGUUUUUGGCAUUGUGGUCCUCUGGCUGCUCUUCCAGGCUGUUCUUUCUCUGCUACCUAUCGGCAAGGUUGUUGAGGGAAUGCCUCUGAAGAAUGGGAAAACAUUAAAAUACCGGAUUAAUGGCUUCUCUGCACUGAUCAUCAGUGCAUUGGCAGUUGGUGGUGCUGUGUACUACGAGGUGGAUCUUAGCUACGUCCAUGCUCAUUUUCUGCAGUUCUACACCUCAGCUCUACUCGUCUCCAUCCUUCUCAGCAUCUACCUGUUUAUCCGCUCCCGCUGUGCUUCUGAAGAUGAACGUGCCCCCGCUGGAAAUUCAGGUCAUGUGGUCUACGAUUUUUUCAUGGGACGUGAGCUGAACCCACGAAUCAAAAGCUUUGAUAUCAAAUUCUUCUGUGAGAUGCGUCCAGGCCUGAUUGGUUGGCUUGUGAUCAACUUUGCCAUGUUACUUGCUGAGAUGAAACACAAGAAUCUGGAUACCCCCUCCCCAGCCAUGCUCCUUGUCAAUGGCUUCCAGCUGCUUUGGGUUGCAGAUGGCCUUUGGCAUGAGGAGAAACUUCUAACCAUGAUGGAUAUAGUGCAUGAUGGCUUUGGGUUCAUGCUAGCAUUCGGAGAUCUGGCCUGGGUUCCUUUUACCUUCACUUGUCAGGCCUACUACCUUGUCAGCCACACCAGCGAUCUGUCUGUGUUCUGGAUUGUUGCCAUCAUAAUAAUGAAUGUUGUUGGUUACUACAUUUUCCGGCAAGCCAACUCUCAAAAAUUUGCCUUCAGAAGAAAUCCAUCAGAUCCUGCCUUGUCUUACCUAAAAACGAUUCCUACUGCAACUGGAAAGAAUCUCAUCGUCUCUGGUCUGUGGGGUUUUGUCCGUCAUCCGAAUUACCUUGGCGACCUCAUUAUGGCUCUGGCCUGGUCCUUAUCAUGUGGUUUCAGUCAUGUGAUUCCAUAUUUUUACCUAAUUUACUUGGUUGUUCUCCUUGUCCAUCGUGAUGCCCGAGAUGAACACCAGUGUCGGAAAAAGUACGGCUCAGCGUGGGAGGAAUACUGCAAAGUUGUGCGUUACCGUAUCUUGCCCGGGAUUUACUGAGAGUCGCAGUGGACUUUUGGGGCACACCAAAUUUUCUGAAGAGAAUAUAAGAAAAAAAAAUAUGGUCAAUUCUGUGAAUUUCUAAACAAGCCAGCACAGUUAGUUUUCAUCUAUCAGCUUGGCAGCUAUUUUGAGUCCUAGAAAUGUACUAAACUUUAAAAAAAAAAAAAAAAGUUAGGUGUUAAAUCCCUUCAUCAUAUAUUUCUGAAGUUGCCCCAGUUGACGCUCACCUGGAUAUGUAUAUUAAUGUACAUAAUAUUUCUUUUGUUUUUGGUUUUUUUUUUUCUCGAACAAUUGAUCAUCCGUGUUUGUUUUUUUUCUUCCAUAUUUGAAGUAUUACAUUUUGCUUUGCUUCUUAAUUUUGAACUAUUUUGUAACAUUACCGUUUUGGUAAAAAAGCUUUUGUAUAUUAUAUAUGAUGGGAUAUAAAUGCCGUGUAUUUGUAUAGUAAGAUGGCAGUUAUGCUCUUUCUCAGGACCAGUGCUUUGUGAGAAGAAUUCAUUAGAAGAUUUGUCUUAAAUUUUGUAUGUAAAUAUUUUUUGAUUAUUUUUGCUUUUGGUUUGGUCUUUUAUCCAAAGUUUAAGAUUGGGCUUUGCUACCUCAAGUCUGUUGUCAGUUUCUUCUACCCUGAAGAAAAGGUUAGAUUGCUGAUCAUUUUGGUGAUCCACAGCCUUUUAUGCAUUGUGGGAGAAUCAUUUUGUUAAAUAUUAUUCAAAAUUCACAUGAAAGAUAUCUGGUUGUAUAUUUCUAUUUUAGCUACUGGGUCUCUUUUUGGUAGUCUUUAUGGAGGCUAUAUUUUAUUAAAGUGCAUAAUUGAUGCAUUUCGAAUUAUUUUGUGUAAUUAAAUGAUUGUUGCAACAGUCUUAUGAGGAAGUGUGCAUUUUAAAAUAGCAUUUUUUUAAAUGAAGUAAAAAAAAAAGGUAUUUUCAUCCCUUUAAUUUGCCAAGGUGCAAGCUUUGUGUGGGUUGUGCUUGGCAAAUUAAACAGCUGAAUGACUGACAUUAAAUGCUAAAUGUAAAUUGAUGAUUUUGUUUUUUAAUUUCUGUAAACAAACAAAAAAUCUCACAUAUGAGUUUAUUUUGCUUUGAAUAUUUUACUGUUAUUUUGUGAAAAUGGGGUCAUCAAUCAGGAACCUGCAACCUUUUCGAUUGCUAAUCUGUUUCUUUAAGGAAUGGGUAUUUUUACCCAGUACUUAACGCAAAGCGAAUGAUUGUCAGCUUAAUUCAUUUUUAAUCAUUAAUGUUUUUCCCAAUAAAAGCCCACUGUAGAUCAGAGUCCAGCAGGAAAAAUUAAACUAGCAAAUACCAUGUUAUUCCACUGCCGUGUACAUAUGUUUUGUUCAUUUUUUUUCUUUUAUGGAUUUUAGUAAGUUUAGUUAACAUUUUGUUAGAUAUUUAAUGUUGCAAAUUAUUUAAUUUUUUACUCGAUGGUUGAGCACGUUUCCAUUAUCCUUAUUUGUUUAUUUUGUUCUUGUAAUAUUGUCUGUUUUCGGUCAGCAAUUCAAACAGUCGUUUCUCGUAAAAUGGUGCGUCUUCCAGUGUAAUGGAGGUAUAUGAAAUUACAAACUGUCACAAUAGUUCAGAUUUCCUGACCUAAAGGUCAAACCUUAUGUUGUACAAAGUGUUUUGCAAAAAAAUAAAGGUUUUAAGUAUUUUGCAGCCA